AUGAAGAAGACCAGUGUGCUGAGUUUUGUUAGUGUAACAGGGGCUCGUAAAUCAACAGCUGAAAGAUAUUUACGAGAUUCAGGUAACAACCUACAACGGGCAAUUAACCAAUAUUACAUGGAGAAUAGUAACCAACAAGAGGAAAACAACAGCAUCAAUAUUAAUGAUGAGACGUCCCGGACUUUGAAUAGUCUCUUCAACAAAUAUAUGGAUCCUACAGACAACACCAUCACCGAUAUAGAUGGGACUAUUAAGUACUUGGAAGACAUGAAGAUUGCACCGGAUGAAUUGGACAGUUUGACCCUUCUGUACUUUCUUAAAAGCAAAAGUAUGGGCAUAUUCCUGCGACAAGAGUUUGUAAGUGCUUGGAGAAAGGCUUCAAUUUCAUCUAUAGAGUCAAUGGCUCCAUAUAUACGGCUGAUGACUUCCGGGCUCUUGUCACGUGAUCCGGAAUUUGAUUUAUUAUACAAAUUCACCUAUGGAUUCUUAUUGGAACAAGACGGUCAGAAGUUGUUACCAUAUGAUCUCUGUAUUGAUUAUUGGCGUCUCUUAUUGAUAGAGGGCAAGUACAAGGGCAAUGCCUCAUUAGUAAAGAGAUUGGACCAAUGGUGUGUCUUCAUAGAAACUGAACAACAAAGAGGAAUUAGUAGAGAUACGUGGGAUAUGUUCAUUUUAUUUAUUAGAGAAAUAAUACUCCCUGAUCCUGAAGAAAUGAAGGAAUAUGACGACAUGGCAGCAUGGCCCAGUGUGAUAGAUGAAUACAUUCAGUAUCUACGAGAAAACAAGUUAAUGGUAUAA